UUAUUGAACAGUGGUACUUCUUUCUAUUACGCUGCUAUUUUUUUUAAAGGAAGUUUACCACGCUCAUCAUUGCAUGUUUUAAGUAUCCAAUAUGAGACAUGUUACUGAAAUCAAUGAACAGAUGUUAUUUGUGAUUCAGGCUUCAAUAAACAAUUUAUAUUUGAUUUGAAUUAUAAUGAAGAAAACUCGUUUCCAUAAAACCGCCAGUAAUGCACCUGCGCAGAAAGGUGCGCGUGCUUUCGUGUCUAGAAAAACUUCACAUCGCAUACUGCGGCAGAACCAGAAACGAGGAAGAUUCUCCGGUAGUCAGCAAACCAUUUUUCUGUCGUCAAACGGAUCAAGCUUUUUGUGAGACUUGGAUCGGUCACAAAAAGCGGGAUUCGCUUUUCGCAUAGGAAUUGGCCUGUUCAGGAGCCAGUUUAUUUAUAUAAAACGUUUGAAAAUUGUGAGUAAAGAUCGCAAAAAUGGAAGAAAUGCAUCAGCCACAACAGGUUGGGCCUAAUAUGAUGGCCAAUGUAGGUGGUGGGGUUCCUAAUCAUUCGAAUAAUGUUAACCGGCGUAGCAGACUUCGAUUAUCGUUACACAGUUUAAUGGUGGAAAAACUUCCAAUAAGUGAGGCUGCUCAAUUGGAGAUGAAGUCACUGACCAACAAAACACCAGUUUCUAUUCUUCAGGAAUUGCUUUCUCGUAGGGGUACAACACCAAAGUAUGAACUAAUACAAGUAGAAGGUGCUAUCCAUGAGCCUAUUUUUCGUUAUCGUGUCACUGUUGCUGAUAUUGUUGGAACCAUUCUCAAAUUAGAAGUUUCUAUUGUGAAAGGUGGCAAGACAUUGAGACAGUUCUUGAUAUUUGUUCAAUUGGUUUUCCAUGACAGGAGGGCAACAAAUCCAAUUGUUUCAGCAAUGGGGACUGGAAAGUCAAAAAAGGAAGCAAAACAUGCUGCUGCAAGAGCUGUACUGGAUAAAUUGUGUAGAUUAAAUAGCGAUACUCCAGAUUCUCCACUUCAAAAUAAUAUACCAGAUUCUGAGAAUCUGCAAGAAUUAUCAGGAUAUGGAGAAGAAACAUUAAUCACAAACCCAAUUGGAGCAUUACAAGAAAUGUGUAUGUCACGUCAUUGGCCCCCACCAAAAUAUACAAUGGAAAACGAGGAAGGUCUUCCACAUGAGAGACAGUUUACCAUUGUUUGUUCUAUUUUAAAAUAUCGAGAGGUUGGCCAGGGAAAAAGUAAAAAAGUAGCAAAGAGGCAUGCAGCUCAUAAAAUGUGGCAAGCUUUACACGAUAUGAAUACAGAGAGUUCCAACGUGGAUGAAGAUGAGGUUUUACAAAGAAAUGCAAAUGUGAAUGCCCGUUACGCUGAACUGAAAGGUAGCAAAAUUUCAACUUUAACUACUAUUCAUAGCCUUAAAGUCUCACAAUUUCAUAAAAGUCUGAAAUCAUCAACUGGUGUUAAGCUUUUUGAAUUACAGAACACUUGUUUGAACGAUGGCGAUGUAAAUUUGGUACAGUUUUUGCAAGAAAUUGCUUCAGAGCAGCAAUUUGAAGUAACUUAUGUUGAUAUCGAAGAAAAAUCUAUAAGUGGUAAAUGCCAGUGCCUUGUGCAACUGUCUACAUUGCCAGUAGCAGUUUGCUAUGGUUGUGGUGUUACUAGUAAAGAUGCUCAAGCUAGUGCUGCUCAGAACGCUUUGGAAUAUCUGAAAAUCAUGACCAAGAAGUGAGCCAGCGCUUCGCUCCUGCCAGCUGUCACUAUCAACUGUAAAUCCCAUAACAACUUGCUGUCCAAAAAUCAGAACAACAACACAGAUCCCAAGAUACUAUCAGUAAACAAUCAAGUAUUGGAUAAGGGUAAAAAUAGUCAAAAGCUUGAUCAUGUGGGGAACAAAAGUAGAUUAUCCAAGCCAUCAGUCAGAGCAGUAAAUACUACAAUACCCAACAAAGAUGCCACAUUAAACACAAUUACCACAUCAACAAACGUUACAGUUUCUACAAAUAGAAUAAAUUCAUCCAUAAAGAAAAACAAUGGAAAUAACGAAAACUUGAAAGCUAACGAACAACUUUCCAAGAGUACAUCCAUUGUAAC